GAUAAAAUUGUGAUGCGAACAGCUCACUCGCUCAUUCAGUAUUGUGGUGUUGUGUUGGUUGGUGCAGGCCUACAUGCGUCUAUCACACUGUGUGAGUUGUAUCACCCACGGAAUCACCUUUUAAAUGUUGAUGAAUUAUUGGAUAAUGAAGUAUACGGCGAGCGAUCAGACCAGCUGAUUGAAGGAGCCCUGUCAUCUGCACCGAUGCACCCGUUGAACAGUCAAGCUGGUUCACACAGGAACCCCACAAUGGACUCGGGGGUCUAAAAUACUGCCUGGAGUCAUGUUUGUUGAGACCACAGCAACUUCGUAGCACAUGGUCGCUUGCUCACUCGUGAUAAACGCAUCAUCUCGGGUUUAUAUCCGGAGCUUUAGGAAACAGUCGUCAGGGGGCAAAACAAUCGGGGGCUUCUCGUUUGCCCUUUAACGCGAACUGCUCAGUGUGUGACUCGGGAGGGAAAGACAGAACGAGGCAUCACGUAUUAGAUCUCUAGGAAGGAGCUAUAUGCUGAAUAGAUGACUGUGAUCAUCUAGUGAUAAUUGAUUUGAGUUAUUAUCAGCUAAUCAUCGUCUUAACCGGAGCACGUCGAGUUGCUUGACCCUCUCUAACCCAUCUCAUCACCAUCAUCAUCAUCAUUACCACGAUCAUCAGUAGCAUCAUUUUGGAUUCACGUCCUGGAAGUUCAGUCUACAGAAUAUUAAACACAGUCUUGGACGGAGCUCGCUAGUUCCACACGAUUUAUCACACCCAUUUAGUAAACCUCCGUGGGAGAUCUUCCCCUGUCAAUUACUCCUCCGCGGUGUCAUCUUGGACAGCAUCCCUUAAUCCUUCGGUAAUCUGAUCUGGAUCUUCAACCAUCUUCUGAAUCACCUUCUUGUUGGUGCGUGGCUAGGAGGGGGUUUAGUGUUCCCUUGUCUGAGGGCCAUCGGCGCGUAAUCGACGGGUUGAUUUGAGGGCCUGGACGCGGUCCGAUCUGAUUUCUCGUAGUUUUUUUUCCCGAGUCCGGAGUGCUGUAGCUUCAUUCAGUGUGUACCAUCUUCGUGCUCCUUACAAGAUGAUGCCCGUUGGGACUACCUCUUUCCUCCUCCCUGCUCUCCUUAUCGUUCUCGUCAUACUCUCAGAGUGUGCAGGUCAAUCUGGUCUAGGAUGGUGGGAUAUAUGGCAGUAUGACGGCUUGCAAGGACCACAGUACUGGGGUAAAUCACAUUCAGCAUGGGUUCUUUGUUCAGAAGGUAAACAGCAAUCGCCAAUAGAUCUAAGAGCAGACAAACUCCUAUACGACCCAGAUCUUCAGCGGUUUGAAAUCAUAGCGCCAACGAGGGUAUCUGGCGUGGUUGAAAACACAGGGAGGCGAGUAGUGUUCACAUUAAAUAAAUCAAGCGGGAACGUCAUCAUAUACGGAGGUCCGCUCAACUACAGGUAUCUCCUACAGGAGAUCGAGGUAAAAUUUGGGGACGAUGACAGUCAUGGUUCGGAACACGCAGUUAAUGGAAGAGCUUUUCCCAUGGAGGUUCAACUCACUUUCUACAACGAGAGGUACACUUCAUACGAACGAGCUCUGGAAUCAGUUCACGGUUUAGCCAAACUUGGCAUUCUCGUUCUGAGUGGUAAUGAAACAAGUCGAGGACUCAACAAAAUUACUAGUGUUGACGUCUUGAAAGAUAUUGUCUACAGAGGUGACGAAGUGAAUGUAACAAAUUUCAACAUCAAACAGUUGUUACCGAGAACAUUUGAAUAUUUGACGUACGACGGCUCGUUGACGAUACCAGGGUGCUACGAAACCGUCACGUGGAUUGUGUCAAAUAAACCAUUACGCAUCAGCGCGUAUCAGCUCAACAGUUUAAGAGAACUUGUGCAAGACUUUAAGGGUGUGGAGGACUUCCGACCUUUUCAGAAUACAUUUCGACCGCUCCAGGAGAUUGGUAGACGAGCUGUUAGAACAAACAUUGCCAAGAAGGUGGACGAUCCGGUCUUCGACAAAUCCUGCCCCAAAUCAAGGAGACAAAUUAAAUACACAGUAAACACAGCUCCUUGACCAAAGGGUUCAUGACCUUGACGGGAACAAACCAAACUGAAGACAGAGCCGAACCAGGAACGGGUUUACUUAUUACCACAUAUACUUUUAUAUGUUUAAGGCUGAUUUAUGAUGGUUAAUUUGAGUGAUGUUUAUUUUCUAAGGUGGUCUUUAAAAUUGCGAGAGAGGUGAACGUCUUUGCUUAAAGAGAAGUACCUGUGAAAACAGUGACUUCAUGUCUGUUUGUGAGAGGUCCAGUGACAGUGGUUAGACUACAAAACUUACAAUUACACGGUUGUAGGUUCGAAUCCCGUAAGCUAACCGCUGAUUUCACAAUGACUAUUACACUGAAUCAUAAUUUCUUGAUUUU